CCAAUCAGUGCUGAAAUCUCAAUACACUCAUCAUCCGAAAUCGACUCACCACUGCUUAUAGUACCUAGUCAAUGCAACAAGCAUAAAGUGCCAUGUCCCGGCUUCUGUCGCGAUGGGCAUUGACGGCAAGACCGUCCACUCUAUUGAGGCCCACGGGGCUGUCACGGAUGAGGCUUUUUGCCUCGCCUACGAGAGGUUCACAACAGCCCACGCCCCAACCAGUGCGCCUCCGUGAGUACCAGGAGGAAUGCAUCCAAUCUGUGCUUUCAUCUUUGCAAAGUGGUCACAAGCGGAUUGGUAUAUCGCUAGCGACGGGAGCCGGGAAAACUGUAGUUUUUACUCAAUUGAUCGAUCGCAUCAAGCCCAGCUCCAAGUAUGCGACAAGAACGCUGAUCCUGGCUCAUCGAAGAGAGCUCGUCGAACAGGCGGCGCGGCAUUGCAGCAACGCUUAUCCCGGGAAAACCGUCGAGAUUGAAAUGGGGAAUAUGCAUGCUUCUGGUCAGGCAGAUAUCACUAUCGCCAGCAUCCAAAGUAUCACAUCUGGAGAUCGAAUCAGCAAGUUUGACCCCAAGCUUUUCAAGCUCGUACUUGUAGAUGAAGCUCAUCAUAUUGUGGCGCCGGGCUACUUACACACAUUGGAGCAUUUCGGCCUUGAUCAGAAAAAGAAAGAGUCCCCGUUUCUCGUCGGUGUUUCUGCCACUUUCUCCCGCUUCGAUGGGCUUCGACUUGGCGCCGCCAUAGAUGAGAUUGUAUAUCACAAGGACUAUGUCGACAUGAUAGGAGAGAAGUGGCUAUCUGACGUACUUUUCACAACUGUUGAAUCCACUGCAGACAUAUCCAGGGUGAAAAAUGGCGCGAACGGGGAUUUCCAGCCCGGCGAGCUCUCCAAAGUUGUCAAUACAGAUCAGAUCAACCAGAUUACCGUUCGCAGUUGGCUAGCAAGGGCCGGCAAUAGAAAAUCUACACUAGUUUUCUGCGUAGACCUUGCUCAUGUCGCUGGCCUGACAAGAACCUUUCGACAGUAUGGCAUUGAUGCCAGGUAUGUGACAGGGGACACGCCCAAGACUGAUCGGAGCGAUCGCUUGGAAGCUUUCAAGAAAGGCGAAUUCCCCGUCCUCGUAAACUGCGGCGUUUUCACUGAAGGUACCGACAUUCCCAACAUCGACUGCGUCGUGCUGGGGAGGCCAACGCGCUCUCGUAACCUUUUGGUGCAGAUGAUUGGCAGAGGAAUGAGACUGCAUCCUGGUAAAAAGAAUUGCCAUAUCAUUGAUAUGGUGUCUAGCCUUGCGGGUGGUAUCGUAACUACCCCAACGCUUUUUGGUUUAGACCCAUCUGAACUGGUCAAGGAAGCCUCCGUAGAUGCUAUGAAGAGCCUGAAAGAGGGCAAGGAAGCGGAGAAGAUAAGAGACCAGGUUGUAUUAGGAGCGAAUCAAACCGAACCCGGUGCACAAAUUGAUGGCAAUGUCACUUUCACAGAGUAUGACUCAGUAUUAGAUCUUAUCGCGGAUUCGAGCGGCGAGCAACACAUUCGAUCCAUUAGCAACAAUGCCUGGGUCCAAGUUGGACCUCAUCGAUAUAUACUCUCUGGUCCGCAAGGGACAUACAUCAGACUCGAGGGGAUCGAGAGAGAAACAUCAGACCAAGACCCAGCUCAAGCCCAAUUUAUUGCUUUCGAAAUCCGUGCCUUGCCAAAAGGAGUAUCUAAGUCACCUUUUGCAGCGCCUCGAGAACUCCUUCGAGCUGCCACGUUCGUCGAUGCCGUACACGGCGCUGAUAAAUACGCCUCUGAGAAAUAUCCCCAUAUGCUCAUUUCGAGACACAUGAAUUGGCGUAAAGGGCCGCCGACGGACGGGCAACUUAAAAUGCUCAACAAGUUACGCGGGGAAAAUGAACAGCUCAAGGUGACAGACCUCAGCAAAGGCAAAGCAGCGGAUAUGAUCACCAAAGUGCGGCACGGGGCGCGAGGUCGAUUCGCAAUGCUCGAGGCAGAUAGGCGAAGGGUACAGAAACAAGCCUCAUUACGAGAGCAGGAAAAAGCUAUGAGGCUCCGAGAGCAGGUCGCGGUCGGGCCACUGAUGGCAUAGUUAGACUGAAUGGUCAAUGGUACAUGGUAAAUAGCAAAUGGUAAAUGGUAAAUGGUGAUUGGUAAAUGGAUCAAUCAAGGGACGGGUAGAGGUGGGUGCAGCGUAGCAAACACCACCGCUAAGCAGCGAUAUUGUUCGUCAAAUUGUUCCGCCACGGCGGCGAUGAGCACAGAGCGUGUCGCGAGGUGUUUGUGUUACUAUUCCCGUGUGUUCUCAAGUAUUUUUGUAUUUAUGUAUUCAUGUUUUGCGGUUUCCGUGGAACUGGUUGCGCAGUCCCUCCUUCCUAAUCUCAUCAUCUGUCGACGCGA